UUUUUUUUUUUUUUACCCCUUUCCGCCCCGAAAGCAGGUCGAUUGAGAGGAGCCGGACGGGAUCUUUGAAGGUUACUGCCUUUAGGUCUUUCCGAAGAACUCCGUUCCCUCUCCUCUUUGCUCCAGACGUCUGCUGGAAUUGCUGCGGUCACACUCGCGCCCUUCUUUUUUUUUUCUUUCCCCAUUCCUUACCGGACUUGCCAGGAAGCUGAUUCGGGGGGGUGAAGAAGUAGAGCUGCAGUAAGUGCGAAGCCAUGGAUAAAGCAGAGGUGAUUCAGAAGGCCAAGCUGGCGGAGCAGGCCGAGCGCUACGAGGACAUGGCGUUCUGCAUGAAGGAGGUGACCGAGCAGGGAGCCGAGCUGUCCAACGAGGAGAGGAACUUGCUGUCUGUCGCCUACAAGAAUGUGGUGGGAGCGCGACGGUCUGCUUGGAGAGUCAUCGCCAGCAUCGAGCAGAAGACCGAGGGGAGUGACAAUAAGGUCGCGAUGGCCAAGGAGUACCGUGAGAAAGUGGAGGCCGAGCUGAAGAACAUCUGCAAGGAAGUGCUGGAGCUGCUGGACAAAUACCUUAUUGUCAAGUCAACCAACCCUGAGAGCAAAGUCUUCUAUUUAAAGAUGAAGGGAGAUUACUACAGAUAUCUUGCAGAAGUUGCCUCUGAACAUGACAAGAAGGAGACGAUAAAGAGCUCCCAGGACGCUUACCAGGAAGCGUUCGACAUCAGCAAGAAAGACAUGCAGCCCACACACCCUAUCCGUCUAGGACUGGCCCUCAACUUUUCAGUCUUCUUCUAUGAGAUCCUCAACAACCCGGAACAGGCCUGUAUACUUGCCAAACAGGCCUUUGACGAUGCCAUUGCAGAGCUUGACACUCUGAAUGAAGACUCGUACAAAGACAGCACACUCAUCAUGCAGCUGCUUAGAGACAACCUCACAUUAUGGACAUCUGACAGCGCAGGAGAUGAAUGCGAGGCUGGAGAGGGAGGCAACAACUAAAUGCAUGAGUGGUCCCCUACAUGGGGGGGAACGAAAAAACCUUUAUACACACCUUCAUUUGUUAUCAUUCCACUUUGUCUAGCAAUGAAAGCUCAUCAUCACUGACGAGCUGUUUGUAGAAAUGGAAAUCCUGUUAUUUUCACAUUGCUGCUUUUGGGAAGAAAAAAAUCAAUAUGAAUUUAAAUCGACUCCAUUCAAUGCUUUGUUUGCCCUGAUCUCACUUUAUGUGCAGCUUCUGUGGGAAAGUCUUAAUAGCUUUACAUUGCUUGUCAUCUAGAAGGAGUUAAUCUUCAGGUACAUCUGUCUGGUGAAUCUACAAUAGUGGUUGUGUACAAUUAGACGUAGCGUCAACGUAGAAAUCGGAAGGGGUUGUGGGAAAUUGACUUUUUCUUUUUCUUUUUCUUUAGACCUUAUUGUCCCUGUGUUGCAUCUCUUAAGGGUGUCCUGUAGAAUUACAGCAGAAGGUGCUUAAUGUGGGACUGGAUAAAUGUAGCAGUGCAUGAGUGCUUACUGUAAAGCUUAGUGUGCCCCGUUGUACCAUUCCAGACAGCGAGGCACCAAGCAUCCUUCACGAACGCUGGUGGUCACAGACCUUUGGAGCCACGGAACACUCUUGUCUAGUUAUGCUAUUCACAUCAAUGUUACUUUGAAGCAUGUCAGAGUAAAAAUGUCUAAAGACUAAAAGAUGAAAUUGGGAACAAAGAAAACCACACGCAUGCCCUUUUUAAUGUACACUGGAGUGAGAACCAGUUUCACACCACAUCCAAGCGUUGGGUUGAGUCCUUUCCAAGAGGGUGUUUAGUUUGUCCUGUGAUCGUCAUUAGAGAUUUGGACCACUAUUGUGUUUUGCUACUCAUUGAGUGUAGUCCCCAAAAGCCUUGUGAAAAUGUUUAAUGCCCUCUGUAACAGCUACAUAACAUGAAUAAAAAAUAUUUUAUAAACCAA